CCUGGGCACGGGGGCACCACCAUGGUCCCCGAGGUGCCUGAGCCAGGGGAGAGGUGCCACCUCCCACGGGAGACAGGAGUCACGUUACCAUGGCGCUUGGUGACACUUGUCCCCGGGAGGCCAAUAAAGGUGCCCCUUGCCCUCGGCACAGAGACAACGCCCAGGCUGGCGGGGACAGGAGCUCAUCUCGAGGAGCAGGACCCAGCCGUGCCCGAGCCCUCUGCCCGAAAAUGCCGUGGCCCUCGCAGCCCCUCUCGCUCCUGGUCCUGCUCGUCCUCGCCGCCACCGCCCGGGGACAGACCAGCACCGGCCCAAAGGUGCUGCAGCCUUGGCUCCUGGGCCUCACGGUCGUCGUCGUCUUCCUCUUCGUCGUCUUCCUGGUGCUGAUCAUUAACCGGUUCUGGAGUCUCAGGAAGCGCAGGAAGCAGAGCGACUACCCGGAGACCAAGGGGACUGACAGGAUGGAGCGCUUCAGCCACGACAACCCGGCGGCCGAGGACAGCGACGAGGAGAGCGGCGGCAAGAAGGAAUCCAACGCCACGUCCCUCUGAGCCCCCCUGGCCCCCACUGCCCACCCCGGGGCGCCGUCGCCGGGCACCGCGCCCUCACCCCGUCCGCGGGUGCGGCUCCGCGCCGGGUUUCGGAGGCAGCCGCGGCCACGGUGGCACCUCCCGCCCCGCGGCCGCCCCGGCUGCGGCCAAGACCCGGCAUGGAUUCCCCGUCCGCCGGAGCGGAGUGUGGGGGAGGGCGGUGGCCGGGAACCGUAGCGGGACCCCCUGACCCCCCCAGCCCUGGGCUGGCGGUGGGUCCCAGCCCCUUUCCCAGCCGUGCCCAGUAAAGGUCCCCAGCCUGC